AUGAAGAUUGCUUCUACCUCCCUCUUCUCACUUUUGCCUGCUUUGGUGCAGGCUGGGGUCAUUGACCGACGCCAAACCGGGGACGGACCUGGUGGCUCAGCCGACAACACCCAGGGCGACCUGGGUGAACGCCCUCCUCCGCGUUUUCCAUUCCCAGUCACCAAGUUCCCUGUAGCCAAGGAGACAGUUGUCCUAGAACAGACAAUGUACAUUCUUCCCGGUCAGGUGUUUGACGGUGAGGGCACCGAUGCCGAUGCUGUUUUCAACCUCCUGCCUGGCUCGACCAUUCGAAACGUCAUCAUCGGCAAGCAUCAGGCUGAAGGCAUCCAUGCACUGGGUGACGCUUGGGUUGAGAACGUUUGGUGGGAAGACGUCUGCGAAGAUGCACUUACAUCCAAGGGCCUUAACACACAACUGAGAGUCAUCGGCGGUGGAGCUCGGAACGCAACAGAUAAGGUAGGAAUUCUCAUUGGAUCUUCCAAGGCAAACAACUCCCUGGGUGGCAAGUACAACAUCACCGGCUUCUACGCUGAGAGUUUUGGGACUUUCUACCAGUCCUGCGGCAACUGUCUGAAUCAAGCAAAGAGAAACGCGACAAUCCAAAACGUCGUCGCCGUGAAUGGCAUCAGGAUGGGCAUUAUCAAUCCAAAUUACGGCGAUGAGUUCCGUCUCAAGAAUGCACAGCUUCAAGACUUGGAAGUCAUCGUGGACAAGGAAAUUGCCAACAAUGUCCAGACAGUUCCUUAUACAAUCGGCAAUGGUCCAGACCUCAAGUACGCCUUGUAUAAUGAGACCAGAGACGCGAUCACGGAUUAUGAUGGAGAGAUCUUGAAUGCUUACGAGCCUGAAGAACCUUAUGAGUGGCUCGAGGAUUUCUGGCCCGAGGGCUUCAACUAG